AUGCCACCAACGCGGAAAUUCCCAACCUCCCGCCUCCACACAAUAAAAACCCACAAUGGCCCCAAGUUUCCCAAACUCACUCUUGAUACCCCGUCCCUCAGCCAAUGUGAGAGGAGAGCUAACCCAUCAACCCCCAUCACAGGUGCGGUAAACGCAAUCUGCUUUUCCAGCCCACCAGGCACAUACCUGCUAACGGGUUCUUCUGACCGCUCCAUCCAUCUCUGCCGCGCCCUCCCGACCUCCUCCACCACCGUCUCCGCCACAACACCCGUCACCACCACUCCGAUCCAGCGGUACGCGAAGCAUGGCUACUCCGUGUUGGACCUCGCGGUAACGGCGGAUAAUGCCAAGUUUGCCAGUGUAGGUGGUGAUAAGCAGGUGUUUUUGUGGGAUGUGGAGACGGGGACGACGGUGAGGAGGUGGAGUGGGCAUGAUGCGCGGGUUGAGGCGGUGGAGUUCGGGGCCGAGGCAGAUUCGAUUGUUGCGAGUGGAAGCGCGGACACAACCUUAAAACUUUGGGAUACGCGUUCCCUAACCUCAAAGCCCAUCCAAACACUCUCUGAAGCCCGCGACACCAUCUCCUCCCUGAGCAUCCACUUGCCCACCGCCAGCAUAAUAUCAGGCAGCUACGACGGACGAAUCCGCAGCUAUGAUUUGCGUAUGGGCAUGGUGAACGUGGACGUCAUGGGCCAUGAGGUGACGAGCGUGCGCUGCUCGGAGGAUGGCAAUGUCGUGCUGGCAUCGUGUCUAGAUAGCUGGAUUCGGAUGGUUGAUCGAGCGGAUGGCAGUGUGUUGAAAGGGUUUGGGGGUGGGGGAGGCAAGGCGGGGUCUGACCCUGCUACUCCUGCUAGUGGGGAUGGAGGGCCACGCUAUGUCAAUAGUUCGUUGCGGAUUAGAUCUUCAUUUGCGAAGGGGGAGGGCGUGGUGUUUAGUGGUGGGGAGACUGAUGAAAAUGAGAGUGCCAUAAAUGUCGAGAGCCAUGUAUUUGCAUGGGAUGUGUUGACUGGGGAUGUAAUUGCAAAGGUGGGCGUGGGCGAAGGGGUGAAGGCGGUUAGCUGUGUGGCGUGGAAUGAGAAAGCGGGUUGUUGGGCGGGCGGUUGUUCAGAUGGGACUGUUCAAGUAUUUGGAUGACUUCAGCAUUACUUUGCAUCUUCUCGCAUUUCACUCGCGGACAUUAUUGCGAUACCUAUAUAUAUCGUUACGUUAUCAUGAUCUUUAUAAAUCACCUCACCUUCUCAGGCCACCCCCUCCCUUUUAUAUCAUUCACGACCGGGACCCUAACAGAGAGCAUCCCGUUUCAUAUCUGCUAUCCAGUUAUCUAUAUAAAUCAACGUUCAAACUCUUAUUACCGCCUCCAACGUACAGCUAAACCAAAAAGAACAAAAUAUAACCGUGUCCUGUGCUCUAUGUUGCGGGCGGAUAUGCUCAUUUACUAGGCAUCAGACCACCCCUUCUAAAUGAAGAAGUAUGAUAUAUAUGGGGUGGUCUCUCUACCUGGUUUAUUGAUUUAAUUGGUGUAGAUAUGACAAAGAUGAAAGGAAGCCUAUCUCAACGAAGGGGCCGACACCGCGUGGGCUUGAGACGAUGAAGUAAACCGUACCUGGAUUC